GUUCACUAGCUGGCGCUUCGCUCUUCACAUGUGACCGUUUACCGCGCAGCGAAAUAAUACAGGAAGUAGAGCUGUGGACGUUCUUUCCGGCUCCGGUCUCUCAGCAAGAGUAAAGAUGUUGAUGCCCAAGAAGAACCGCGUUGCUAUCUAUGAGCUCCUCUUCAAAGAGGGCGUCAUGGUGGCCAAAAAAGACGUGCAUCUUGCAAAACAUCCAGAGCUCGCUGACAAAAAUGUGCCCAACCUUCACGUGAUGAAGGCCAUGCAGUCUUUGAAGUCAUGCGGGUACGUCAAAGAGCAGUUUGCUUGGCGCCAUUUCUACUGGUACCUGACCAAUGAGGGCAUCCAGUACCUGCGGGACUUCCUCCACCUGCCCCCAGAGAUCGUGCCCGCCACCCUCCGCCGCCAGACCCGCCCAGAGACCGCCAGACCCCGUCCUAAGGGUCUUGAGGGAGAGAGACCGGCCCGUCUGGCCCGUGGCGAGGGAGACAGAGAUGCUUACAGACGCUCUGCAGCUCAGCCUGGUGCAGACAAGAAGGCUGAGGCUGGUGCAGGUGCUGCCACAGAAUUCCAGUUUAGAGGUGGUUUUGGCCGUGGCCGAGGACAACAGCCACAGUAAUUUUCCACGUUAUCUGUACAAUAAAGGUUCAAAAGUA